GUGGAGUUGAAGAGUUCGAGUACAUUGAAGAUCCGGUAUUCAAUAUGGAUUUGAGCCCACCAGUUGGUUGGACGUAUUUUCCACCUAAGACAGAAGCGCUGAAAUCAAUUAUUAACGGAUGUGGUUUCGUACAGAGCAGCGACAACUAUCAGAUCUGGUACUUUGUCGGCCAAUCGAAUGACAGCUUAAUCGCCAAGCAAAGAGCAAACAGUGAGAUAACAGCCUCUUCAGUAACAGAGAUCGGUGUUCUUUAUCCUCCUAGAGAUGUCAGGUGCCCAGCCGAAGCGAUGACGAGUUUUGUUAACGCAGAACGCAACACAAGAGGAGCUGGUCCGCGUUAUGGAAAAGUCGAAGGUGGAGCUGUGACUCAGACAGCACCAGGUGGUAUGGGCACAGGAGACUUCGUGUUCACAGCCUACACGAAAUUGGUGAGAGUGACGUUGAGCAAUGCAGCCGGCAAUCGCUACACAUGGAACAUCGUCAAGAACACUUUCAUGCAGAAACUCUCUCUCGGUUUCAAUGCACGUUUCAAUGGCGAGGUAACCAUCAGCAGAAACUAG